GCCCGGAGCGUCCUCAACAAAGUGGUGCACGAUGAUGACUCCAGUUACCGGGAGGGGCUGGAAGACAACGACCAGGACGCCAGUUACUACACGGAAAGCAGCUUCAGGAGCCGUAGUACCUACAGCAGCACUCCAGACAGAGUCUCGCCCUUUCACCCACGCUGGAGUGCAGUGGCAUGAUCUUGGCUCGCUGCAGUCUGUCAUUCCCCUCGACCCUGGGCUCAAGAAAGUGAUAAAAUAGCUGUGGAGUACAGACCCAGUGAAGAGAUUGUAGAUGUCACAUUGGAAGAAGAACUACCCGGUUUAAUUCAAGUAUGUGGAGAUAAAAACUCAAAGCUCAGUUGCUCUCCCUGAAAGGAAGAGUAUGCUCGGAUUUCACCUUGGAGGAGGAAGAGUUCAGGCUGCCACAACUGGACUAGCACUUCUGAAGAUCCCAAGGCAAGGUCCCGUGACCCCACCCCACCACACCACAGCAGGCUGCUGGAGUCCUGGGACCACCUGGAUGUCAGCCCCACCCCAGGAAUCGACUGAAAAUUUGGUUCCAUUUGUGGACGCGGAUUCAGCUGAAGAGCUCCCCCUGGGACCAGAACAGUUCUCCGCUGCACACCAGGAUUUAAAUGAGAAGUUGACUCCGCAAGAAAGGCUCCCAGAGGUGGUCCCACUGCUGGAUGGGGAUGAGAACCAGACCCUAGUUCAGCUUCCUCGCCUCAAAACUAAGAUUCCAACUGCAGAUCUAGAUCGGUCUGCAGGUCAUCAGGCAGAUGAAAGACUUGUUCCGCUAGACAGUAAGAUUUCAAAACCAACUACGUUUAUUGUCUCGCCCAAGAACCUGAAGAAAGAUCUAGCUCAGCGUUGGAGCCUUGCUGAGAUUGAUGGAAUUCCACACCAAUUAUCCAAGUCUGGGCAUCAGAAACAGACUUUGCAGGAUGAAUAUUCGAGUAUGGAUACACUGUAUCCCAGCAGCCUGCCUCCAGAACUCAGGGUGAACUCAGAUGAGCCUCCAGGGCCCCCUGAGCAAGUUGGACUUUCUCAAUUCCAUCUAGAGCCUGAAACUCAAAAUCCAGAGAUGCUUGAAGACAUCCAAUCCUCUUUACUCCAGCAAGAUGCCCCAGGACAGCUUCCACAGCUCCCUGAAGAGGAAGAACCUUCUUCAACCCAAGAGGAGGCCCCAGCUCUGCCUCCAGCAUCCUCUAUGGAGAGUCUAACUCUACCGAAUCCUGAGGUGACAGUUCAACCCCCAAGUGAGGAUCAAUCUCUUUAUAACUUGCCUGGCAUUAUAGUUAAACCUGCAGAUGUGGAGGUUCCCAUGACUCUAGAGGCUGAAAACGAGACAGAAUCUUCCCAAGCCCAGCAGAAGUCCCCAGGUCAGCCUCCAGAGGAGGUGGAACCUUCUGCAACCGAACAGGAGGCCCCAGCUGAGCCUCCAGGUCCUUCUAUGGAGCCUGAACUUCCCCCUAGUGAGCAGGAGCAGCCAGCUCAGCCUUCUGAGUCUUCUGGGGAGGUGGAAUCUUCUCCAGCCCAGCAGGAGACCCCAGGUCAGUCUCCAGAAGAGUUGGAGCCAUCUCCAAUCCAACAGGAGGCCCCAACUGAGCUUCCAGGUCCUCCUAUAGAGGCUGAACUUUCCCCCAGUGAGCAGGAGCAGCCAGCUCAGCCUUCUGAGUCUUCUGGGGAGGUGGAGUCUUCUCCAUCCCAGCAGGAGGCCCCAGCUCAGCCCUCAGAACAUCAUGAAGUCACAGUUUCACCUCCUGGUCACCAUCAAACUCAGCAUUCAGAUUUUCCCAAUGUCUCUGUUAAGCGUCCAGACACGCAGCUCACCAUAAUAGAGCCUAGUGCAGAGGUGGGAACUUCUCCAGUCCUCCAGGAGGCUACAGCUCAGCUCUCAGGGCCAGGUAAUGAUGCAGAACCUCCCGCCACUCAGCACGGGGGCCCACCUCUGCCUCCAGAGUCACUGGAAGAGGCUGGACCUUUAGCAAUUCAACAGGAGACUUCAGUUCAAUCUCCGGAACCUGUUAAUAGUGAGAACCCCUCUCCAACCCAGCAGGAGGCUGAAGCUGAGCAUCUACAGACCGCUGAGGAGGGUGAGUCUUCUCUAACCCAGCAGGAGGCCCCAGCUGAGACUCCAGAGCUCCCUAAUGAAGUUGUAGCUCAACCUCCAGAGCAUUCAAACCUGAAUCAAGCCACAGUUCAACCUUUGGACCUGGGGCUUAGCAUCACGCCAGAGUCCGUGACAGAGGUUGAACUUUCUCCAACCAUGCAGGAGACCCCAACUCAGCCUCCUAAGAAAGUUGUAUCCCAACUUCCAGUACAUCAAGAGAUAACAGUUCCAACACCAGGUCAGGAUGAAGCUCAGCAUCCAGUGUCACCCAGCGUCACAGUUCAACCUUUGGACCUGGGACUUACCAUCACUCCAGAACCCACUACGGAGGCUGAACGUUCUACACCCCUGAAGAAGACUAUAGUUCCUCCAAAGCAUCCUAAGGUGACACUUCCACAUCCAGACCAGGUUCAGACUCAGUAUUUACCCCUGACUCAAGCCACAGUUCAACCUUUGGACCCGGGGUUUAUCAUCACUCCAGAAUCCACAACAGAGGUUGAACUUUCUACUGUCCUGAUGACUAUAGCUCCUCCUGCAGAACACCCUGAGGUGACACUUCCACCUUCAGACCAGGUUCAGACUCAGCAUUCACACCUGACUCAAGCCAUGGUUCAACCUUUGGACCUAGGGCUUACCAUCAUUCCAGAAUCCACAACAGAGGUUGAACUUUCUCCAACCAUGCAGGAGACCCCAACUCAGUCUACUAAGAAAGUUGUACCCCAACUUCUAGUACAUCAAGAGAUAACAGUUCCAACACCAGGUCAGGAUGAAGCUCAGCAUCCAGUGUCACCCAGCGUCACAGUUCAACCUUUGGACCUGGGACUUACCAUCACUCCAGAACCCACUACGGAGGCUGAACGUUCUACACCCCUGAAGAAGACUAUAGUUCCUCCAAAGCAUCCUAAGGUGACACUUCCACAUCCAGACCAGGUUCAGACUCAGUAUUUACACCUGACUCAAGCCACAGUUCAACCUUUGGACCCGGGGUUUAUCAUCACUCCAGAAUCCACAACAGAGGUUGAGCUUUCUACUGUCCUGAUGACUAUAGCUCCUCCUGCAGAACACCCUGAGGUGACACUUCCACCUUCAGACCAGGUUCAGACUCAGCAUUCACACCUGACUCAAGCCAUGGUUCAACCUUUGGACCUAGGGCUUACCAUCAUUCCAGAAUCCACAACAGAGGUUGAACUUUCUCCAACCAUGCAGGAGACCCCAACUCAGUCUACUAAGAAAGUUGUACCCCAACUUCUAGUACAUCAAGAGGUAACAAUUCCAACACCAGGUCAGCAUGAAGCUCAGCAUCCAAUGUCACCCAGCGUCACAGUUCAACCUUUGGACCUGCGACUUACCAUCACUCCAGAACCCCCUGCGGAGGUUGAACUUUCUACAGCCCUGAUGACUACAGCUCCUCCUCCAGAACACCCUGAGGUGACACUUCCACCUUCAGACAAGGGUCAGGGUCAGCAUUCACACCUGACUCAAGUCACAGUUCAACCUCUGGCCCUGAAGCUUAACAUAACUACAAAACCUACUACAGAGGUUAAACCAUCUCCAACCACAGAGGAGACCUCGACUCAGCCUCCAGACCCAGGGCUUGCCGUAACUCCAGAGCCCAUUAUAGAGAUUGGACAUUCUUCAGCCCUGGAGAAGACUACAGCUUCUCAUCCAGACCAGGUUCAGACUCUGCAUCGAAGCCUGACUGAAGUCACAGGUCCACAUACUGAACUAGAACCUACUCAGGAUUCAUUGGUGCAGUCUGAAAGUCACACCCAAAAUAAGGCUUUAACUGCAUCAGAGGAACAGAAGGCCUCCACAAGCACCAACAUAUGUGAGCUCUGUACCUGCGGAAAUGAGACGCUGUCAUGUAUUAAUCUCGGCCCAAAGCAGAGGCUCCGCCAAGUGCCUGUGCCAGAGCCCAACACCUACAAUGGCACCUUCACCAUCUUAGAUUUCCACGGAAACUAUAUUUUUCACAUUGAUGGAAAUGUAUGGAAAGCAUACAGUUGGACCGAGAAACUAAUUCUCAGUGAAAAUUAUUUGACUGAAUUACAUAAGGAUUCAUUUGAAGGCCUGCUAUCUCUCCAGUAUUUAGAUUUAUCCUGCAAUAAAAUACAGUUUGUUGAAAGACAUACAUUUGAACCACUACCAUUUUUGCAAUAUCUAAAUCUUCGUUGCAAUUUACUCGCAGAACUGAGCUUUGGAACAUUUCAGGCCUGGCACGGAAUGCAGUUUUUACACAAGUUAAUUCUCAAUCGCAAUCCUCUGACAACUGUUGAAGAUCCGUAUCUCUUUAAAUUGCCGGCAUUAAAAUAUUUAGACAUGGGAAAAACACAAGUCCCACUUGCAACACUUAAGAACAUUCUCACGAUGACUAUUGAACUGGAAAAACUAUUAAAUCCCACAGGAGGGCAUCAAAGAAAGCUAAAGAAGCCUCAUCAGUGUUAGAACCCUGAGCCCAAGUUAAGGCAUCCAGAUGGCCUGGAGCCAUGUUUUUUAAAUGUUAUUAUUAAAUAUUGUUUUUUUGCUGGUUAAAUCGAUAACAUUCUUUACUUUGUGGUUGUGUUCUUCAAAAUGAGGAUUUUUAACAAUAAUAAAAAUAAAGCUUGUUAGA